CUAGGUCUCCUUGUGGGAACACUAGACGUGGUUUUGGAUUCCAGUGCCAGAGUUGCCCCAUACCGUAUUCUGCACCAGACUCAGGACUCUCAAGUGUACUGGGCAGUGGCCUGUGGAUCAUCUCGUAAAGAGAUCACAAAGCACUGGGAAUGGCUGGAGAAUAAUUUACUGCAGACUCUGUCCAUCUUUGAAAAUGAAGAAGAUAUCACCACCUUUGUCAAGGGCAAGAUACAUGGCAUUAUUGCUGAAGAGAACAAGAAUGAGCAGCCCCAGAGUGAAGAGGAUCCAGGUAAAUUCAAAGAGGCUGAGCUGAAGAUGCGGAAGCAGUUUGGGAUGCCUGAGGUGGAGAAGUUGGUCAAUUACUAUUCCUGCAGCUAUUGGAAAGGACGUGUACCCAGGCAGGGUUGGCUGUACCUCACUGUCAAUCAUCUCUGUUUCUACUCUUUCCUGCUGGGCAAAGAGGUUACACUGGUGAUCCAGUGGGUGGAUGUAACCCAGCUAGAAAAAAAUGCUACACUGCUGUUCCCUGAGUGCAUUAAAGUCAGCACGAGGGACAGUGAACUGUAUUUUUCCAUGUUUCUCAACAUCAACGAGACAUUCAAGCUGAUGGAGCAGUUGGCCAACAUUGCUAUGCGGCAGCUGUUGGAUAACGAGAGCUUCCUACAGGACAAGUCUCUCCCAAAGCCCAGGAAGCCUCUGAAGAACAUCUCUGCAUUAAAAAGAGACCUGGAUGCUCGAGCCAAAAACGAGUGCUACCGUGCCACUUUCCGGCUGCCCAAGGAUGAAUGCCUGGAUGGACAUACAGAUUGUACCUUGUGGACACCAUUCAACAAGAUGCAUAUUCCUGGCCAGAUGUUUGUUUCCAACAAUUACAUCUGUUUUGCCAGCAGGGCAGAGGAUGCCUGUUAUCUCAUCAUUCCUCUCAGGGAGGUGACAAUAGUUGAGAAAGCAGAUAGUUCCAGCGUCUUGCCCAGUCCUCUGUCCAUCAGCACUAAGAGUAAAAUGACCUUCUUCUUUGCUAAUCUGAAAGACCGAGAUUUCUUAGUACAGAGAAUCUCUGACUUCCUGCAGAGAACACCAUCCAAGAAACCAUGUGGUAUCGACAGGGAAUGGAAGUGGAAUUUGCCUGAUCCUGGCUGUGAGGAGGUUUCUGAGCUGCCUUCCAGCAGCCCUGUGGCAGUUACCCCCACGUCUGCCCUCAACCAUCGGCCUGUCAACUUCUGUGCUGGGGAAGUGCCAACAGCCUCCCAGGGACUCCUCAAACUCUUCAGAAGGAAUUCCGAGGAGCUGUCUGGACCCAAAGGGGCAAAGGAGAAGAUGAAGGAAGAGUCUUGGAACAUUCAUUUCUUUGAAUAUGGGCGAGGAAUGUGUAUGUAUCGCACUGCCAAGACUAGAGAGCUGGUGCAAAAGGGAAUCCCAGAGAAUCUUCGUGGUGAGCUGUGGCUCCUUUUCUCAGGGGCUUGGAAUGAGAUGGUGACUCAUCCUGGUUACUAUGCAGAGCUUGUGGAAAAGUCAAUGGGAAAGUACAAUCUUGCUACAGAGGAAAUUGAGAGAGAUCUGCACCGCUCCAUGCCAGAACAUCCUGCCUUCCAGAAUGAGCUGGGAAUCGCUGCCCUCCGGAGAGUCUUGACAGCUUAUGCAUUCAGAAAUCCAACAAUUGGGUACUGUCAGGCCAUGAACAUAGUGACCUCAGUGCUGCUGCUGUACUGCAAUGAGGAAGAGGCUUUCUGGCUCCUGGUGGCCUUGUGUGAGCGAAUGUUGCCAGAUUACUACAACACAAGAGUAGUGGGUGCAUUGGUGGACCAAGGCAUCUUUGAAGAACUUACACGAGAGUAUCUUCCACAGCUGUCAGAAAAGAUGCAGGACCUAGGAGUGAUCUCCACCAUAUCCCUCUCCUGGUUUCUUACUCUCUUCCUCAGUGUUAUGCCCUUUGAGAGUGCUGUGGUCAUCGUUGACUGUUUUUUCUAUGAGGGAAUCAAGUUCAUCCUGCAGGUGUCAUUGGCCAUACUUGAUGCCAACAUGGAGAAGCUGUUGCAGUGCUGUGAUGAAGGUGAAGCCAUGACUAUUCUGGGCAGAUACUUGGACAACGUAGUUAACAGGCAGAGUGUCUCUCCCCCUAUUCCCCACUUGCAUGCUUUAUUGACAAGUGGAGAUGACCCACCGCUUGAAAUCGACAUCUUUGAACUCAUCAAAACAUCCUAUGAGAAAUUUGGCAAUCUGAAGGCAGAUGACAUUGAACAAAUGCGUUUUAAACAAAGGCUGAAAGUGAUCCAGUCUCUGGAGGAUACAGCCAAGAAGAGUGUGGUCCGAGCUGUGUCUGGUGACAUUGGUUUCUCUAUUGAAGAACUAGAAGAGCUGUAUGUAGUGUUCAAGGCCAAGUACCUGAUGAGCUGUUACUGGGGAAAUAACCGCGCUGCCGCCGCCCGCCGGGACCAGAGCCUGCCCUACCUGGAGCAGUACCGCAUAGACAUGGAGCAGUUCAGGGAGCUGUUCAUCAGCCUCACCCCCUGGUCCUGUGGUGCACACACUCCUGUGCUGGCAGGGAGGUUGUUCCGGCUGCUGGAUGAGAACAGGGAUUCCCUAAUCAACUUCAAGGAGUUUGUGACAGGAAUGAGUGGGAUGUACCAUGGUGACUUCACUGAAAAACUGAAAGUACUUUACAAACUGCACCUGCCUCCUGCUCUGAAUCCAGAGGAGACAGAGUCUGCUUUGGAGGCCACAAGUUAUUUCACAGAGGAUGUGACAACAGAAGAAACCCAAGAAGACAAAGGAAGGAGAAAUGAGAAUGGUCCAGAAAAGGAGGAGAAAGGCACCAGCCCACAGGACUAUAGGUACUACCUAAGAAUGUGGGCCAAAGAAAAGGAGUCCAAGAAAGAAACCAUUAAAGAUCUCCCCAAAAUGAGUCAGGAACAGUUCAUAGAGUUAUGCAAGACCCUUUACAACAUGUUCAGCGAGGACCCAGUGGAGCAGGAGCUGUACCACGCCAUUGCCACUGUGGCCAGUCUCCUCCUGAGAAUUGGGGAGGUUGGAAAAAAAUUCUCCAACAAGCCCACGAAGAAGUCUGAGGACUGCAAAGCAAACAAUACCCAAGAUCCUGUGAGUGAAGAGGAGUCACCAACAUCUGAACAGAGUCAGAAUUCAGCAGUGGAGCAACAACCCCAAGCUGACCACGAGGACAAAACCAGUGUUGAUGCUCAGCCUGAAAAAACACAGCAGGAAAACCAAACUCUAGGAGAUGGGUCAGGGGAAGGACAAGGCUCUCCUUUACAGCUGCUAUCAGAUGAUGAAACCAAAGAUGAUAUGUCCAUGUCUUCUUACUCCAUGGUCAGCACAGGCUCCCUGCAGUGUGAAGACAUUGCGGACGACACGGUUCUGGUGGGCUGUGAAGGCAGCAGUGCAGCUGCCAGGUAUGGCAGCACCAUUGACACCGACUGGUCCAUCUCCUUCGAGCAGAUCUUGGCCUCCAUGCUGACAGAAACAGCCCUUGUAAACUACUUUGAGAAAAAGGUCAACAUUCUCCAAAAGAUCAAGGAUCAGAAGAAGGUAGAGAGGCAGUUCAGUUCAUCCAGUGACUAUGAACUUUCCUCCGUGUCAGGGUGA